UUCUCGGGUCCGCCAUUUCAAUUUUUUGAACUUACUUGUGCCAACUUCCAGGAUUUGAUUCAAAAUUACGCAGAGGAAUUGUGCGAUAGUUGGGGAAUUUAUUCCGUUACUUUAUCAAAUUUUAUUCUGCACUACUACUACGGAUACAUUGGCUGCAAAUCUGAAAUUAACGCGUCGAAACGCGAAUCAGAUGCCGUACAUUUUCUGAACGUGUUCAACGGGAACGCGGUAAAGUUUUUUUGUAUGAGUUGAAUGCUGGUUGCGGAUAAGGGGAGGCGAAGGGAAGGCCCGUGAAGCCUCGGCUGUGGAGUGGCAAUCAUGGCCGGAAAUUUUGACGCUGAAGACCGUGGAAGCUGGUUUUGGGGUAGAUUAAGUCGACAGGAGGCUGUUUCUCUGUUACAAGGACAAAGGCAUGGGGUUUUCUUGGUGAGAGACUCAAUUACCUGCCCUGGCGACUACGUGCUGUCCGUUUCAGAGAAUUCUAAAGUCUCGCAUUAUAUAAUCAACAGCAUCAACAACAAUCGUCAGUCUGGCCCAGGUCUGGCACCUCGCUUUCGCAUUGGGGACCAGGAGUUUGAUGCCUUGCCUGCUCUCCUGGAGUUUUAUAAGAUUCACUACCUGGACACCACCACACUGAUUGAGCCGAUCAACAAAGCCAAGCACUCGUCUUACAUCAGCAGCGCUGGGGGUGGGCCGCCCCUUCGCCCGGAUGAGGAGCUGGUGCGGGCGCUCUUCGACUUCCCUGGCAACGACGAGGAGGACCUGCCAUUCCGCAAGGGGGACAUUUUGAGGGUGCUGGAGAAGCCGGAGGAGCAGUGGUGGAAUGCCUCCAACAGCGAGGGCCGCGUGGGCAUGAUCCCUGUGCCGUACGUGGAGAAGUACCGCCCCGCCUCUCCCACCUCAGCUGCUCUGGGUGGAGGGGGCCCGGGUGGAGGGCCAAAUACUGGCGCCACUGACGGCCAAAACUCCCAGGCCCCUCCUCUGCUGGGUGAGCCUGGUCCCUAUGCCCAGCCCACGCCCCUGCCCAACCUCCAGAAUGGGCCCGUCUUUGCCAGGGCCAUCCAGAAGAGAGUGCCCAAUGCCUAUGACAAGACUGCCCUGGCUCUUGAGGUGGGCGACAUGGUGAAGGUGACCAAGAUCAAUGUGAACGGCCAGUGGGAGGGCGAGUGCAAGGGCAAGCGUGGCCACUUCCCCUUCACACACGUCCGACUGCUGGACCAGCACAACCCCGAGGAUGAACUGAGCUGAGGCUACUGCGCUGACCCUUCCCUCCUGUCACCCCCACUUCCCUACCCCGACCCCCCUCAUCCUCCAGCUCCUCACCAUCCUCUUCGCCCCACCACCUCUCACGGCCGCACUCACUGCCUUCUCUGCUCAAUGCGCGUUCACCGCGUCACUUGUGUACGCCAUCACCUCACAUGCGCCUCACGUGUGUUUUCUCUGCUUUGGGCCAGGCACCUUAGCUUGUUCCCCAUAACCCACACACCUUCACGUCGAAAAAUAGGCGUCCCUAGGUUGGAGCCCAAACCCCCCCCCCCCCGACUGACAGACGUGGGACCCAAUGAGAGGUAAGAGAAACAUAAGAGGGGAGGAGUGUGGAGCGUACCUCAAGACUGGGGAUGAGUGCGGCUGGGGCCGGGGGCUGAGGUUAGCCAUUCCUCCGGUGACUGUAACGCUGAAGAAACGCCACACACUACACGUGCCGGCCUACUGGAAGAAGACAUUACAACCAGAGGCUCGGCCCUACACUACCAGCUCAUAACCAAGUUCAGACAAGGUCCUAAUGAGGUAUCUUGUUCAAAAAGAAGUAAAACAAGGACGUACUGUCCUUAAACGUUAAAUAUUAAUAUGUUUACCAUUGAGCUAAAGAAAAUUACAUUUUUCCUUCUUCUUGAUUUGUGCACUCUAGAAGUGUUUGAUUUGAUACACUGCUCUUUUUUGUUUUGUUAUGGGGGGGGGGGGGGGGAAGAGAGAGAGUUGUUUACGAUAGAGUGUUGGACAAAGCUUGGAAAGCUAAUUCUGAAGUUGUGGUGUGGUUGUGAAUGCACUGCAAUGAUGCCAAGUGCACACAGGGAUAAUGGAAGCUCUCCUCUGAACUGAUUGCCUGGCAGAUACGAAAGGCCAUUGCUCAGGUUGAAUGUAAGGCAAUGAGGUUAGAUGUUUUGUGUGUGCUUCCUUCCCUUGGCGUUGGUUUUCUCUGAGUCAUCUGUACAUGUUCAAGGAAAUAAUCUUCCCAGCUCACAAUACAUGAUGUAGGAUUUGAUGAAGUGUGAAAUAACAACUGUGCUAUCACUCAUACACUACUUUCCCCCUCUUUGUCUUUUUUUUUUUUUUUUUUGCACAUAUAACAUUUAUUUUUGAGUGAUGCAAUGUGCCCUGUGCUCUGACCAAUCCCUUUUUUCUGCCAGUUUUUCCCAUAGUGUUCUUUCACCUCUGAAGUGCAGUGGCCGGCUGUCAUUCUGAAUCCCAGCGUGUGGAAGCCAGAGGUUCAGUAGUUUGUCCUGGUACACGUUGGAGGAUUUCAGAGGUCAUAGAGUUGCAGCAUGGCUAAAUUCCUCUGACUUAUAGUAAUUAUCAAAUGUGCUUGGUCUACAGUGUGAGAACUAAAUUAGACAAUCACUUGAUUGUAAUCACUGGAAAAAAUGUGAUCACAGAAAAUAUCUGAUAGACAGCAUAGAUGAACUGCCCUCUUUGCUUUUUAAAUUAUGUGUGCAGUCAUUUGGAACUUUACUAUUAAAGUUUAAUAUUACAUUUUAAGAUUAAUAUUAACUUUAUUGUGAACACUAUCUAAUGGAACGUCUUACAACAGAAACCAUACAAUUAUGGAAGUCCACCUCAGUAAUUUGUAGCAUUCCUUUUGUUCCUAGUUGUAUUUGCCCCAUCUGACAAAUUAUUUUUAAUUAACAGGAUUUUGAGUGAGAAUCUUAUCCUGAGAAUAAUGUGUGCUGCUCCGUUUAUCAUGACAUGAGGAUGGAUAGGGGUUGUGAGAGACUGCUUUAUCCAGUGAAUCUUUCCACUCAUCUUGGCUGUGCUGUCUGUCAAUUAAUCUGAAGGAAGUUGAAUGAAACAUGCUUUUUUUGAGUCGCAGUUUACAACCUCUUUUUUUUGUUUUCAUCUUAAACAAAUCACCUGUUUGUGCCAAUUCCUUUAUGGUAGACAUCUGUUGCCAUACUCCCUGACCGUAUGUGACUUUGGUGUUGUCAAAGGCCAUCUAACACUUAACUCCUCUGAUUCUCUGAACAUUUUCUCUGUAGUGACAGCCUGAUUCCUUAGUGCGGAGCCAUUUUACAUUUUUGUAAAGAAAAUGUGCCUAAUCUUUAUUUUCUAUUUCUCAUACCUGGAGAGAACCAUCACAGUCUGCUUUCUGCACAGUAGUGGACCUUUUACGUAAUUCAAUAAUCUGAAAAUAAUGGGACAUAAUUCAAUUAAUUCCACAAUUAUUGUCGUGAGGAUUUAUUGUUGUCAGAGAACACAGAAGGCACAGACUGUAGUGUCCUUCUCAUUCCACUAGCAACUCAGACCAGGGACAGUAACAUUGACUCCUUCUGUUUGUGGGGGACACAUUUUCAUGCAUGCCCAUGUUCCUUGUAAUCAUUUUAUUCCUUCUGUACCUGUCAAUCAUGCCUACAAUUUAAAUAUUUUAAAGCAUCAUAUUUUAAUUAUGUGUUUAUGUAAGUUCAUUACAUUCGGAGGGAUGGGAAAGAGUUAACCUUAAAAAUGUCAGUAUGUUAAUAUCAAAAUGUGCCAUUGUAUUAAACACUAUAUUCUUUCAAAACAA